GGUAAAGCUGCACACACAAGCAGAAAUAUUUAAAUAUAUAUUAGAGGAACUUAGACAGAAACAAACGUAUACGCGGUUUGCUCCAAUUUGGACGCGAACAGACCCGAGCGAACGCAGUGCACAGUAUUAGUUAUGCCAACCAUAUAUACAGUCUAGUCCACAUCGUAUGUAGUUAUAUGUAAAGUUAGCGGGCUGUCUGGCAUGUGACCUGCAGCAUCAUGGCUGACUCUCCUCAACCGGCUGAGGAAAGCAAUGUCUGUGUCGCUGUCAAGAUCCGACCGCUUUCUCCUACGGAGUUGGACGACGGAUGUCGCGAGAGUCUGUUCGUGACACCGGGGCUUCCUCAGGUGUCAACAGGUCAGCAUAAUUUCACGUAUGACUACGUCUUCGGCGAGGGCGGCACAUUCCCAGACUCCCUCUACGUCAAAUGCGUCGGGCCGCUUGUCGAUGGACUUUUCAGAGGAUACAAUGCGACAGUAUUUGCUUAUGGGCAGACGGGGAGUGGGAAGACCUAUACGAUGGGUAGCGAGUACAAACCAGGUGGUAAAUGCCGGGGCGUAAUUCCGGACACCAUCAACGACAUCUUCACACGCGUCGAGGCAAUCAAGGACCGCGCCGUCACCGUCCGGGUUUGCUUUGUAGAGAUCCACAAGGAGGAGGUGAAGGAUUUGCUGCUGCCGUCCAGCAGCGGCCCGCGCCCUGCGGUGACCAUUCGUGAGAUGCAGAAUGGCGGCGUCGCGCUGUAUGGGGCUGUGGAGAAGGAGGUGCGCAGCCGCGAGGAGAUGGCUGAGGUCCUUGAGAUGGGCACGCUUUGCCGCUCCACGGGGUCCACAAACAUGAACAACCGCAGCAGCCGCAGCCACGCCAUCUUCAGCAUCACCCUGGAGCAGCGGCGCCAGGUGCAGCUGCCCACCACGCCGACGCCCAACGCGGAUGCCACAGGCACGCAAGGCGGCGACGAGGACGGUGAGGAGGAUGAGGAGGCCUCUGGAGAGGAGGGCGAGGCCCUGGAGGACUUUCUUGUGGCCAAGAUGCACCUGGUGGACCUGGCAGGUAGCGAGCGCGCCAAGCGUACCAAGGCGGAAGGUGCACGACUGCGGGAGGGCAUCCAUAUCAACCGCGGACUGCUGGCGCUGGGCAAUGUCAUUAACGCCAUCGUCGACAACCACAAGCACGUCCCGUACCGCGACUCCAAGCUGACGCGACUACUGCAGGACUCCCUGGGUGGCAACAGCCGGACAGUGAUGAUUGCUUGCGUCAGCCCUGCCGACAGCAACUUCGAGGAGACCCUCAACACGCUCAGGUACGCGGACCGCGCACGCCACAUCCGCAACAAGCCCGUCGUCAACCGCGACCCCGUGGCAGCGCAGCUGGCGGUGCUGCGCAACACGAUUGCGCAGCUGAAGUCAGAAAACAUGUCGUUGAAGCGCGCUCUCACGGCGUCCGGCAACGAGGGCGCGGUCGCUGACGCCCUUGCGGGGCACAGCGGGGGAACCGGGCUCGGGACCAGUGCGCUGGAGAGCGUCAUAGAACGGCUGACGCAGGAGGUCGAUGCGCACGAAGCAGAGAUCUUCCGGCUCAAUGCCGACAAGGAGGAGCUGCGCCGAGAACUGGCCGCCGUGACGGACAAGUGGCACACCGCUCAGGCGCAGUGCGAUCUGCUCCAGAUGAAUCUGGCAGCCUGUUCGCGGCACGCGAGCCAAGGCGGCGUGGGUGGGUCGGAGGACACGCCCAUGACGCCCGGAGGUGGCGCGGUGCCGUUGCCCAGCUUGGACAUUGUGAAGGGCUACGUGGCGCGUAUCUCGGAGCUUGAGACGGAGCUGAAGUCCAUGAAGUCACUGGCCUCGCACUUGUCGUACACGCGCCGGCGCGGCCACGCCUCCGAGCACCGGACGCCAGGUGGCAUGAGCGACACCGAAGGGCAUGGUACGUCGCCUCUGCGUAGCGAGUCCCACGUUGGUGGUGCCGACGGUGAGGCCGACGAGGACCCGGCGUCCGACCAGCACCCGGAGCUAGCGGCUGAGGAGGAGUACUUCAUGGCUGAGCUGGCGGCGCACACUCUGAACCAGGAGAAGAUGAAGAAGGAGGUGGCGCUGCUGCAGCGGCAGCUGGAGGCUAAGGAGCGCAAGAUGGUCGAGCUCAUGAAGAACACCGGCUCCAUGCCAGCCCUGAAGCAGCACUACGACCGCGUGCUGGCGGAGCUGGAGUCGCAACGGGACACCCUGGUGGCGGAGCGCAAGGCCCUGAUGGACAAACUUGCCGCCGCGUCUGCCGCCAGCGAGGAGGAGCGGAAGCGGCUAGAGGCCUCCUACCGCGAGCGCAUCCAGCAGUACGACGAACGGCUCAAGGAGGUCCGGAAGAAGGAGCGCGACUACAUCGCCAUGCAGAAGCUUAAGCAGCGCACCGAAGAGGCGCACCGCCGCCUUUCAGCUGACAUUCAGCGUCUCAAGCAGCAGAAGGUCUCCAUGCAGCGGCAGCUGGAGGCAAACGCUAAGAACUUCGCGGCAUGGCGGCAGCAGCGCGAGAAGGAGCUAGCACAGCUGCGGAAGCAGAGCAGGAAGGACCGCGCAACCAUUCAGCACCUGGAGGCGAUGCAAGCCAAGCAGAACGCGGUCUUGCAACGCAAGAUCUCGGAUGCCAACGCGGCGCGCAAGCGCAUCAAGGAGUUGCAAGAAGCAGUAAACCGCAGGACGGCGGCGGCCACGACGGCCGCUUCCCAACAGCAGGCAGCGGCCGCGGCUGCGCAGCAACAAGCGUUCGGUGGCAACGUGGAGAUCCAGCCUAACGUGCAGGCGCCUGUACUACGGACGGACAAGGACCGCCGGGAGUGGCUCCUGAAGGAGCUUGAGCUCUGCAACAUGUCUUGUGAGUUCCGCAAGGUCAUCGAAGGCGAGCUUGCGCAACGCGCGGAGGCCAGCCGCAAGCUCAGGGACCUGGAGAAGCGGUUGACCCUAUUGGAUCAGCUGCAGCCUGCGAGCCCAGUCUUGAUGGCGGGUGGUGCUUCCGCGGUUAUGCCUGUCAGCCCGGGCCUUGCUGCCGCUGCGGGAGCGCUGGCGGCGGGCCCGGAGGCGCGGGAGAAGCUCAUGGCCAAGAGGAAGGAGCUGGAGGACAAGUUGGCAUACCACAACGCGCAAAUCAGCGAUCUUCAGGCGCAAUGGGAGAGGCAGAAGGCGGAGGAGGAGUCGCGAGGCGGCGGUGCCAUGGACGUGCGGCGCUGGGCUGGGCUGCGCAACGUCGUGGAGUGCCGCGAGCUGCUGCGCACGCUGUUCAGGCUCAGCGUCGAGACAAAGAGCUUCUCUAAUGACCUCACAGUCGACCUGUGUCGGUGCACGGAAGAGGCGGACGUGCUGCGGGUGCAGCUCGAGGGCGCACAAAAGAAGUGCGCGCAGUACCGCCGUGUGGCCGCGGCCAUGCAAGCGGCUGCGGCUGGCGUCAUGUCAGUGCCGCACCACAACGGUGUCUCCGCGCAGGACGAGACGGACAAGCAGGUGGACGCCGUCCUGGAGGAGCUGCAUGUGGUGCGCAUCAACACGCCGGCGGCGGCGAAGGCCGCCAACACCCGGGAGCCGGCAGCCGGUGAGGCUGCAUCCGGUACUCCCGCGGGUGCUUCCACUGGAGCCGAUGGAGGCGGGGACAUGGACAUUGAGAUGGAGGAUGUGGAGAUGGAUGAUGUGCGCAGCCCGGACAGGCCCAACGACGCCGCCAGGGCCCUGAACUUCCUGAGCCCUGUCCCGCCAAACACUGGGCGGCGAGAGAUGUCACGCCAAGAAGCCCCUGGAGCGGCGCCUCAGCGCUACUCGCCGGAAAUCGUUGGAAAUGAAAGCGAGGACGACGAGGAGGACAAGGCUUGGCCAGAGGUACCAGAGACCAACGUUGCUGUUCGGAAGCGCCGUAGCGGCGCUGGCAGCGGCGGCGGCAACGGUGAGAUCAGCGCCGGCGGUGCUAAGCCCAUCAAGGUGGAGAUGUCGGCCUCGGCACGUGCGGCUGCGGAAGAGGCUCACUUCUCUUCUCCAACGCUGCAGGGUUUCACAUUCUCGCCGCACUUCCCGGCCUCUGGCAACGGUGGCCCAGCAGCGUCCACAAGCCCGCCGAUCCGCACCCAAAGCCCCUCCCAGACGCCUUCCUUCCGCCGCUCCACCAGCAACAACAACAUGGGCCCGUGGGCACGUUCCUCCUUGGUCCAGCCUACCUCGGCACGCCAGUACACGACGUGGGCUUCGUCCUUGCGGUCCUCCUGCACGCUGCCUGUGAGCAACGCCGGUGACAUCGCGCCGGGCCCAGCUGGCUUGGCCCGCUCGGGUUCUAGCCUGGGCAGCAUGCCGCGCGCUGCACAUUUGGCUGUCGACUCUGGUGCGUCCAACAAGCGGCUGCAGGCGUGGAUCUCGCCGGCCAACAACGGUCAAGGAGCCUCCCUCACCGCAGCGGCCCCGAGUGACAGCAAGGUUAGUGGCGCGCUUCGUGAAUCUAUGGACUACCGUGCUGCUAUGAUGUCAGGGCUCCAGCACAGUCAAAGCCCUUGCAUUGUUCGUCAGCCGCAGCAUGCACCCAUCACCAUGGUGAGCCCCCGCGCCAGCGCGGUGACUCCUCCACAGCAGCUCAUGCGAAACAGCAGCAAGUCGACCGGAACUAUCUGGUCGCCGCGGAGCUCUGCGCGAGCAUCCCAUGAGAACAUGCAGCCGGGUUCAACCCCAGGCAGUGGAAACGCGAUGAGCACUGCUGGCAGCGGCAAGGGCACGCCGCUCGCAAAUCACUACAAGGAGAAGGCAGCGGCGGCACGGGAGCGCAACACCGUCCUGCGUGUCAGCAUGCAGCGCAAUUUGGAACACCUUGAGUCCCCCCAGCAGCCGCGCUUCGCCGGUGGCCUGGGGGAUGCAACCGGCGGACGCCUCACGUUUGCGGGCGCGACGGGCGCCGUCGUGUCCAGCCUGGAUUCUUCGCGAGCCGGUGGCGUCUUCCGGGAUAGCGGGGCAGCGGCUGCCGGGCAGAAGCAGCAGAAGGCAAUCUGGAGAUGACAAAUGAGCUGAGCGGUGGUAGCGGAGGUGGACCUACUCUGGGUUGGGGUUUGGACAAGUCGCCACAGGCGUUGAUGCCAUUACGGUUGACUCGAACGUAGCCCCGGACCUAAUACCUUUGUUUGGAGAUGGAACAUAUCAUGGGGUCUUCGCUACGUGGACUAGGAAGCGGCUUUCGGGGCUCAAAACUGCUAAUACUAGACCUCUUUUUCGUUAUGUACGCAGCGCCGUAAUCCAAGGCGGCUGCAGCUUCUUUUCAUUGCGUCUUUCUGCGGGUAUUGUAUGGAUGCAUAGAGCAUCACAUCUUUCGCGGCAACCCCGGUUUUCGUUGAAGUAUCUUGAGAAGGCUUUUACUGGGCCUUUUCGCGUACAGAGGAUAACGCAAAUGCCUCUGCCUAAAUCGCAUCGCCGUUUUUCGAGGGUUCCGUACCAACUCAUAGCAUCUUGACGGCAAGUGUAACAUUUUCGAGUAUUGCUUCAUGAAUGGCGCUUACAAGGGACGGUUUCCAAAAGUCAUGGUGAGUAUAGAUUUUUCCUUUUUGAGACUAGUGCUCCAAAAGGCUGGUGCAAACGCCGGGCACCUGGUGCGUACGGACGAACCACGGCGAACUGCCCAUUCGUGCAGGGUAGCGUGCUAGCGCUGCCAAGCAGCUUCUGAUGUAUAUCACAAUGUAUUAUUUAACAUAAGCGGG